CUUUCCUAUGUUUUAGAAAGAAAAGAAAAAAAAAACUUAAAAUGUCUACUAAAAUCUCAAAGAAGAACAAAUCGAGAUCUUCGCGGGCUGGUCUCCAGUUCCCAGUGGGAAGGAUCCACAAGAUUCUACGCAAAGGGAACUACGCACCAAGGAUAGGCAGUGGGGCACCGAUCUACCUGGCGGCAGCCUUGGAGUACCUGUCAGCAGAAAUCUUGGAAUUAGCUGCCGAAGCCGCUUCAGACAACAAGAAGAGCAGAGUGAUCCCUCGACACAUUCUCUUCGCGAUCAGGAAUGAUGAGGAACUCAACAAAAUGCUGUCUGGAGUCACGAUUUCUCAGGGAGGAGUGUUGCCAGCUAUCAACCCAAUAUUACUGCCCAAGAAGACUAUGAAAAGUUCUGACUCGUAGAAUUAUUUUUUAGGUUAUAUUAUUGCCAAAAGGCAAUAGGCAUGUGAGUGAUGAAGUUUUCAACUUUAAGCUUAGGUUAGGUGAUGAAGGCCGAGAAAUGGCCUGAUUUUGACAAAGUCCUUUUCAGGACUGCA